AUGGAGAAUGACGUAGCACAUUUGGAAGUAAACUUUGAUGAGGAGAUUACUGCAGGAAUGUCCGUAAACUAUAUUUAUGUAAGCACGUGGGAGUGUGUACAAAAGUGCAUUAGCAUCCACGAAAACUACAAGACGGAUGAAGAGGAUACAUUUGGGUAUAGCACUGAAGAAGAAAACGACUACAAGAAAGAGGCUCCGAGUGACAUCGCAGCGAGGGUGCACAUGGAGAGCAUCAUUCUUGCAAAGAUCAACGGAUGGGAGAGAAAGAUCAGGACCAACUACAGCAUCUUUAAGAGUUCCCUUCAGUUUUUCCUGAGGUUUGGAGACUUUCUAAAGGAGCUUGCAGCACUGUCCGAAAAGUUGGUGGUGCAAAUAGAUGGUGUAGAUAAGACUCUUUUUCUCAACUUCCUUCUAGAUAGCUUCAAUCUAUUUGGAGAUGUAGAGGGGUUGAUCGAUGUGUUUAGACCCUCCAGACUUACUCCUGUCCAAAGAUCCGGGCUAACAAGCGAGGAGAUGCUGAGAACAUUGUUUCUCCUACAGAACAUUGAUGAGGGAAUGAGGAUAUUUCUAUCAUUUAAUGUGUUUGCAAUAUCUAUAUAUCAUGGAGAUAGAUACAUAGUGUGUCUUCUUGACAGCAUGUAUAGAGGAAUUGCUGCAAGGCUCCUUUUCAGCAAGAAAGGCUUAUGCAAGAAUUUCUCCCUGGAAUCGCAUAAGAGAGAGAAACUAGAAGCAGCGAUGAAGAGAUGUGCUCUGGUCAAACCAUUGCUCAAUGGGCUUUAUUUAUUGUUCGACAUCUUCAAUGUUGACGACGUUUCUCUUAGAGACAUUCUGUAUGUUCUCUUGACAUUUGUGUUUGAAGAGAGAGGAAUGAGGCUUGUAGAAUUCCUGGGUUUAAAUGACCUAUUUAUAUGUGCCGUCAAGUCUGUAUGCGGAGACUUAGUUCCAUCUCACAUGCUGAUGAUAGCAUGCCGUGACAAGCUGAAUAUGAAGUACAAGGUUGGAAAAAUGGGGCUGUCGAUUGAUUAUGUCUACAACUGGAUUUACAAGCCCCACCUUACCAUUAUGAUGCCCCAAUGGCUUUGCCGCUCAAGGCCUGGGGAAAGGAAUCUACAUGUGAUGGGAAGGCCUAUUGAAGCAAUAUCAGAUAGAGUCAGUGUGGAGCUCACCAGGGACGAUAAAGAGUCUAGCAGUGCAAGAGGACCAGCCUAUUCACCUCUAAGCAGGAGAUUAAGCAUCGGGUUAAGAGACAGAAGCCCAAAUAGAUUCAGAAGUAGACAAAGGUUGGAUUUUGGGGGUUGA